GACCACGUCGUCGGCAGCAGGGGCGAUGGCGUGUUCGUGAAGUUCUACGCGCCGUGGUGCGGCCACUGCAAGGAGUUGGCGCCCGUGUGGCAGUCUGCAGCGGAGACUCUGCACGGCACAGUGGACGUGGCCGAGGUGGACUGCACGGCGAACGUCAGCAAGGGCCUCAGGAGGAGGUUCGACAUCUCUGGGUACCCCACCAUCAAGCUCUUCAGAAACGGCACCGUCUAUAGGUACCGAGGCAAUCGCUCGAAGGCGAGCCUGGUGGAGUUCGCGUCGGGAGGCCGCAAACGGCCACACGUUGUCCGUCGUGCUCCUGCCCACGGCGCGAGGCACCUCUGGGAAGUCGUCGCCGUCCGCCGCAGGCUGGCGCGACGCGGCCUCCGAGCCCAUGGCCCCGGGCACGGCCGACUGGGUGACGGUGGUCGCCCAUGUCGAGGACGCCGUCCACGACAACACGGUGGCGUGGAGGUAUUGGCUGGGCGGCGGCUCCUUCCUCGCCUUCUGCUUUGGCCUGUUCCUCGGCGCCAACUGUCUGGCGGACGACCCGGCGGUGCACGAGAGGAGCACCCAUGGGUCGGAUGCCGGAGGAGAUUUGCCACAUCACGACAUAACACAUGCUCAUACGACAGAGGCCUCCUAGAGGAGGCCACUGUGCAGGCGCUGUUUGACUUGAGGGCACCAGUCCUCGGCAAUGGCUUGGUCGACCCAAGGCCAGCGCCGAACAAGAUCAAGGACGCUGCAAUUUCAUGUGGCGUCGCACUGCCCGCACAAGACGUGUGGUGCUCAAAUGCCGCCCGAUCUAGAGACCGAGUGGUCCAGGUCAACGACGUUGUUGCGUAUGAAGCAGGUUCUGGCCUCCAGCCUCAGUUCGGCCAAGUUCUUUUCCACAUGCGUGUAGGUGAUAAAACGUUGUCUUGUAUUUCAAAAUGGCCAACCAAGGAUGCACAUGCACACAGUGUGCGGUGCGAGGUUAGCCAUGCCCCAGCGCUUUUCCCGACUGCGAACAUCAUAGAACCAUGCAUUUUUUGGAGGACUGCUAUAGGAAAGCUUUCGCACGUUCUCACUCCAUGCAGGCUGAAGGCCAGGAGGUUGACUUAG